AUGUCGCUCGAUGAGAUGGAGAAGACAACUUUCAUCACACCUUGGGGAACAUACUACUACAAAGUAAUGUCGUUUGGCUUGAAGAAUGAAGGGGAAACAUAUCAACCCGCCAUGGUAACCCUCUUUCACGGUAUGAUUCAUAAAGAGAUUGAGGUUUACAUGGACGAUGUGAUUUCAAAAUCCAUGACUGAAGAUGAUCAAUUAGAACACCUGAGGAAAUUGUUUGCCAAGCUCUGGAAGUUCAAGUUGCGUUUCAAUCCAGCAAAGUCUACCUAUGAACCAAUCUUCAAAUUAUUGAGGAAGAAUCAAUUGAUUGUGUGGGAUAAUGAUUGUCAAGUGGCAUUUGACAAAAUAAAGAAGUAUAUGCAAGAACCACCAAUCCUCAUACCACAUGUUCAUGGUAGCCCUCGUAUUAUGUACCUCAUGGUACUCGAUGAAUCUAUGGGUUACGUUUUGGGUCAGCAUGAUGACACAAGCAAGAAAGAACAUGCAAUAUAUUAUCUCAGCAAGAAAUUCAAUGAAUGUAAGACCAGAUACUCACUUUUAGAGAAGACUUGUUGUGCUUUGGCUUGGGCUGCUCAACGCCUGAGACAAUACAUGGUUUGCCAUACUACUUUAUUGAUAUCUAAAAUGGAUUCGAUAAAGUAUAUAUUUGAAAAGCCUACUGUCCCUGGUAGAAUUGCUAUGUGGCAAAUGUUGUUGACCGAAUAUGAUAUCCAAUAUGUGACUCAAAAAGCGAUAAAGGGGGGUAUUUUAUUUGACUACCUUGCUCAUUUACCUGUGGAGGGUUAUCAAUCGUUGAGGUUUCACUUUCCAGAUGAAGACAUCAUGUUUAUCAGAGAUUACGCUAUUCCAGGCCUCGAACCAGGAUCGCGAUUGACGCUCGUGUUCGACGGCGCUUCCAAUGCUCGUGGUCAUGGAAUAGGCGCAGUUAUCACUUCUCCAAUUGGCUUCCACCUUCCAUUUACCACUAGAUUAUACUUUGCUUGCACCAACAAUAUGGAAAAAUAUGAGGCAUGUAUUUAUGGUAUUGAGGCAGCCAUUGACUUAAGGAUUAAAAUUCUUGAGGUCAAAUGGAAGAAUGAAGCAUCAUCUAUCCAUAUUGACCACCUGGAUGAACCAGCACAUUGUCUAGCAAUCGAGGUAGAUCCUGAUGAUAAGCCUGGGUUAUAUGACAUUAAGACAUUUCUAGAGAAACAACAAUAUCUCGAGGGUGUAUCUAUUACCGAUAAGAAAGCUUUAAGAAGACUUUCCUCCAAGUUUUUCUUAAACGGUUAUGUGUUAUACAAGAGGAAUUAUGAUUUUGUGCUACUCAGAUGCGUGGAUAGACACGGAGCAAGCAUGGUCAUAAAAUCCAUAUAUGAAGGCUACGUGGGUGUACAUGCAAAAGGUCCUGCUAUGGCCAAUAAUAUUCUCCGGGAUGGGUAUUACUGGACAACAAUAGAGAUUUACUAUUACAACUUUGUUAAAAGAUGCCACAAGUGUCAAAUAUAUCGUGACAAGAUCAUUGUGCCACCAACUCCGUUGAAUGUUUUCACGACCUCGACUCGUACAUCCACUGGGAUAAAUCUGUACUCAUUAGUGUAUGGGAUGGAGGUUAUUUUACCAAUCGAAGUUGAGAUUCCUUCACUCAGGGUUAUUAUGGAGGCUAAACUUGAUGAAGCUAAAUGGGUUCAAUCUCGGUAUAAUCAACUGAAUUUGAUUGAAGAGAAACAUUUGACGUCUAUAUGCCAUGGUCAGUUGUACCAAAGACGCCUCAAACAGGCUUUUGAUACGAAAGUUCUUCCUCGUGAGUACUGCGCAGGAGAACUCAUGCUCAAGAGAUACUCUACUAUUCACUCAGAUCCUCGAGGCAAAUGGACUCCCAAAUACGAAGAACCUUUUGUCAUUGAGAAGGCCUUCUCAGUUGGACCUCUAAUCCUCACCACAAUGGAUGGGGAAGAUUUUCCGUCGCCAGUGAAUGCUGACAUAGUCAAAAAAUAUUAUUCCUAA